CUCCGGGACCCGAGCGCUGCGCUGCCGGCCGAGGCUGAAAGUUUUGCACCGCAAGAAUCAGAGCUAACGGGGAGAAUGUAGAACUGGCUGUAUCGGCAACAGAGCUUCCUUUUUUCUUUUUGCGCUUCAGGGGAUCCAAUCCAGGACCUCGCAUGCCAGGUCCACGCAGAGGCCAGUAUGAAGCUGAAGAAGCAGGUGACGGUGUGUGGGGCUGCCAUCUUCUGUGUGGCCGUCUUUUCCCUCUACCUCAUGCUGGACCGAGUGCAGCAUGAUCCUGCCCGACACCAGAAUGGUGGGAACUUCCCCCGGAGCCAAAUUUCCGUGCUGCAGAACCGCAUCGAACAGCUGGAGCAGCUGUUGGAAGAGAACCAUGAGAUCAUCAGCCACAUCAAGGACUCUGUACUGGAGCUGACAGCCAAUGCGGAGGGCCCACCUGCCCUGCUGCCCUACCACACAGCCAAUGGCUCCUGGGUGGUGCCUCCGGAGCCCCGGCCCAGCUUCUUUUCUGUGUCCCCCCAGGACUGCCAGUUUGCUUUGGGGGGCCGAGGCCAGAAGCCAGAGCUACAGAUGCUGACAGUGUCAGAGGAGUUGCCCUUCGACAACGUGGAGGGUGGUGUGUGGAGGCAGGGCUUCGACAUUUCCUAUAGCCCGCAUGACUGGGAUGCUGAAGACCUGCAGGUGUUCGUGGUACCACACUCUCACAAUGACCCAGGCUGGAUCAAGACCUUCGACAAGUACUACACAGAGCAGACCCAGCACAUCCUCAACAGCAUGGUGUCCAAGCUGCAGGAGGACUCCCGCUGGCGCUUCCUCUGGGCAGAAGUCUCCUUCUUUGCCAAGUGGUGGGACAACAUUAGUACACAGAAGAGGACAGCAGUCCGAAGGCUGGUGGGAAACGGGCAGCUAGAGAUUGCAACAGGAGGCUGGGUGAUGCCAGAUGAGGCCAACUCCCACUACUUUGCGCUGAUUGACCAGCUCAUCGAGGGACACCAGUGGCUGGAGAGAAACCUUGGUGUGACCCCACGCUCUGGCUGGGCAGUGGACCCCUUUGGACACAGCUCUACCAUGCCUUACCUGCUGCGCCGUGCCAACCUGACCAGCAUGCUGAUUCAGAGGGUGCACUAUGCCAUCAAGAAACACUUUGCUGCCGCCCACAGCCUGGAGUUCAUGUGGAGGCAGACAUGGGACUCAGACUCCAGCACAGACAUCUUCUGCCACAUGAUGCCCUUCUACAGCUACGAUGUCCCCCAUACCUGUGGCCCCGAUCCCAAAAUCUGCUGCCAGUUUGAUUUCAAACGCCUGCCUGGUGGGCGCAUUAACUGCCCUUGGAAGGUGCCGCCCCGGGCCAUCACAGAGGCCAAUGUGGCAGAGAGGGCAGCCCUGCUCCUGGACCAGUACCGGAAGAAGUCCCGGCUAUUCCGCAGCAAUGUCCUGCUGGUGCCGCUGGGUGAUGACUUCCGAUAUGACAAGCCCCAGGAGUGGGACGCACAGUUCUUCAGCUACCAGCGUCUCUUUGAUUUCCUCAACAGCAAGCCUGAGCUCCACGUGCAGGCCCAGUUUGGUACCCUCUCAGACUAUUUUGAUGCUCUGUACAAGAAGACAGGUGUGGAGCCAGGGGCCCGGCCCCCGGGGUUCCCAGUGCUGAGCGGGGAUUUCUUCUCCUACGCGGACCGGGAGGACCACUACUGGACGGGCUACUAUACCUCCCGGCCUUUCUACAAGAGCUUGGAUCGUGUCCUAGAAGCCCAUCUGCGGGGGGCAGAGAUCCUGUACAGCUUGGCCGUGGCACACGCCCGCCACUCUGGCCUGGCUACGCGGUACCCACUGUCCGACUUCACUCUCCUGACGGAGGCCCGGCGCACUCUGGGGCUCUUCCAGCACCACGAUGCCAUCACUGGCACCGCCAAGGAGGCCGUGGUGGUGGACUACGGGGUCAGGCUUCUGCGCUCCCUCGUCAGCCUGAAGCAAGUCAUCAUCAAUGCGGCUCACUACCUGGUGCUGGGGGACAAGGAGACUUACCGCUUUGACCCUGGGGCACCCUUCCUACAAGUGGAUGACACCCGCUCCGGUCACGACGCCCUGCCAGAGCGCACAGUGAUCCAGCUGGACGCCUCGCCCAGGUUUGUGGUACUCUUCAACCCGCUGGAGCAGGAGCGGCUCAGUGUGGUGUCCCUGCUGGUCAGCUCGCCCCGAGUGCGUGUUCUGUCAGAGGAUGGCCGACCCCUGGCUGUGCAGCUCAGUGCCCACUGGAGCUCGGCCACCAGCAUGGUCCCCAAUGUCUACCAGGUGUCUGUGCCCCUCCGCCUGCCUGCCCUGGGCCUGGGUGUGCUGCAGCUCCAGCAGGGACUGGACACACACCGCACACUGCCCUCCUCCAUGCGCAUCUACCUGCACGGCCAGAGGCUGUCAGUCAGCAGGCAUGAAGCCUUCCCUGUCCACAUCAUUGACUCAGGCGCCAGUGACUUUGCCCUCAGCAACCGCUACAUGCAGGUCUGGUUCUCAGGCCUUACUGGGCUCCUCAAGAGCGUCCAAAGGGUGGACGAGGAGCAGGAACAGCGGAUAGACAUGGGGCUCUUCAUCUAUGGCACGCGUGCAUCCAAAGACAAGAGCGGCGCCUACCUCUUCCUGCCCGAUGACCAGGCCAAGCCCUACAUCCCCAAGAACCCACCUGUGCUGCAUGUCACUGAGGGCCCUUUCUUCUCAGAGGUAGUCGCAUACUAUGAGAACGUUCACCAGAUGGUCCGACUGUACAACCUGCCAGGAGUAGAGGGGCUGUCUCUGGAUGUGUCAUUCCUGGUGGACAUCCGGGACUAUGUCAACAAGGAGCUGGCGCUGCGCAUCCACACAGACAUUGACAGCCAAGGCACCUUCUUCACAGACCUCAAUGGCUUUCAGGUGCAGCCCCGGCGGUAUCUGAAGAAGCUGCCUCUGCAGGCCAACUUCUACCCGAUGCCAGUCAUGGCCUACAUUCAAGACGCACAGAGGCGCCUCACGCUGCACACGGCUCAGGCCCUAGGCGUCUCCAGCCUCAGCGAUGGCCAGCUGGAGGUGAUCUUGGACAGGCGGCUGAUGCAGGAUGAUAACCGAGGCCUGGGCCAAGGGCUCAAGGACAACAAGAGAACCUGGAACCGUUUCCGCCUCCUGCUUGAACGGCGAACCAUGGGCAGUGAGCCUGGCUUUUUCUGCAAACUGGCAGCCAUGUUUAGGGGCUUGGUCUUUCCCAGCAGCAGGAGCAGUGACCGAGAGGUUCAGGACGACCGCUCUACCAGCUACCCAUCCCUCCUCAGCCACCUGACCUCCAUGUACCUAAACACCCCGGUGUUCACCCUGCCCGUCGCCCAGAUGCCAUCCCCAGGCCCCAGUCUGCGUGCCUUUCUUCCUCUGGCUUCCUCGCUGCCUUGUGACUUCCAUUUGCUCAACCUGCGCAUGCUCCAGGCCGAGGAGGAUAACUUGCCCUCAGCAGAUACUGCACUCAUCUUACACCGCAAAGGUUUUGACUGUGGCCUGGAGGCCAAGAACUUGGGGUUCAACUGCUCCACAAGCCAAGGCAAGGUAGCCCUGGGCAGCCUUUUCCACGGCCUGGAUGUAGUGUUCCUGCAGCCAACCUCCUUGACCCUACUCUACCCACUGGCCUCACCCUCCAACAGCACAGACCUCUACGUGGAGCCCAUGGAGAUCGCCACCUUUCGCCUCCGCUUGGGUUAGGGCUUCUUGUGGCCUGAAGAAAAGUUCAUCCACAGAGACUGCCACCCUGGGUAUCCCAUCCAAUCUGCCUCUCGGAACUGUGACAGACUGGGCUCUGCUCUCGCUUUCUGUUCUUUGUUGCUUCUGUGUCUGGGGCAACCCACAUGCCCAGCCACUGGCAGGUAGGGCAGACGUGGUGAGGUGUUGGAGAUGAGGCCCUUGGUCAGGGCAGGCUAUCCCAGGCUCUACUUUGGGCUGUUCUGUGAGUGGUUGCCCAGCUGGGCCCUGGUCCAGACACCCACCCUUUUCCCAGAACGGGAUGUAGAAGGUGCAGGGGUAGAUAGAGGCGGUCAGAGAGGCUAAGUGGGUAGCAGCCCACAUAGGUAACUAUAGGCAAGGGCUGGCUCUGGGGGUUCUGUGGUGGAGUAGAGGCCACUUGUCCUGGCCCGGUGUGGGGAGCAAGAUGAGAGCAGUUCUGGGGGGAGACAGAUGGGGACCAGCAGUUGUCAGUGGGGUGGAAGAGGAGAAGGAAUCCCUUUUUCUCCUAAGGGCCCGAGGGCUUCGCUGCCUUCUGUGAGUCUCUACUCUCAAGGCCACUAGGCCUGCAUGCCCUGGCUAGGGGCUGCAAGGUGACCAGAAAGACUUGCUAGGCCUAUGAGCAGAGGUCUUAGGAUACUUCAGGUACCAAAACCCCCAACCUCAGACGGCAGUGGGUCUGUAACUUGUGGGUUGGGGUGGUGACAGGGGUGUAUGUGGGGGAUUCUUCCUCCUUACCUGACCCCUCUUCGUUCCCUUUAAUUCAUGCACUAUGGUCCCCAAGAGUUCCUUCCUGUCCUGGGGUUUGGCCCUAAAACUUUCCUUUCUUAUGAAAGAAAGUGAGCCUCUAAGACCCUGAGUGCCUGUGUAGCUUGGGAAGCCUCUGGUACUGUGCCUGACAGGCAGGCCUUGGGGCUUCACCAUUUUUGGGCAGAAGUGUUCCAUUCCUGGCACAGAUGAGGGUUAUGGAGGCUAAAUUAGGAGGCAGUAGGGCUGCUUAUGAGCCUUUAUUUCAGCUUUGAUCAAUAGAGAAAAGUUUACGAGUCUCUUCAGAUGCUGAAAAGAUAUUUGGUAAAAUUUAUAUCCAUCCCUUAUUAAAACUCUUAGACUAGGAAGAAACAUCCUGAUCUACACAAAGGUCUCUGUCAGGGUUUCUAAAGAGUCAGACACCACAGGCAUCCCCGUGAGAGUCAGGAACUAGCCAGGCCUUGAGGUUAUGUAGAAGUGUUGUGGCCCCACUCACCCCUGCAGUAAGGCAGAUGAGGGGGUAGGGAAGAAUUAUAUUCCAUUAUUUGUAGACAAUAAAGCUGCCUAUCAGUAAAAUCUAAGAGAGUUAAAAAGACCUACUAAGUUUUCCAUAAAGUGACCCAAUGCUACACAUUCCUGUAAAGAUCUUGGUUCUUCCCACUUCAGCCCAUAAAUUCAAUGUAAUUGCAAGAGUGAAUACUUUCUGGGAUUCAUUUGGUUCCAAAGUUCAUUUGGAAGAGUAAAGGUGGGAGAAACCAAGUCAGUUCUAAGUGGCAAUAGAUGGGAGUUAGGGUGGUGCUGAGGGGGGAUAAGGGACUUGUUUCCCAAAGGGACCAGGUCUCCCAAAGGACUUUCCUGUGAGCAUGGAUUGAAUCAGCAUGACAGACUGUGUCAGACAGACCAGAGGGACAAUACAGAGAGUCCAGAAACAGAUCCUGGAACACAAGAAUUUUAUAUAUGAUAAAAAGGAUUUUAAGUGGGGAAAAAUUGAUUAUUUAAUAAAAGUACUUUGUGACAACUAGCUAUCUAUUAGAGUUAGAUCUCUACCUCAGUUUCCACAAAAAUUAGUUCUAGAGGGAAAAAAACAAAAUGACAAAAUUACUCAAGAAAAGAUAUUUUUAUACCUGUGAUGUGGGAAAGUCUUUUCUAAACAUGAACCCUAAGAGACAUAAUAAGGGAAAAGAUAACAGCUUUUACUACCACCAAAAAACAAAAACAAAACCCUGAAAAUAUGCUGUGGGAAGCGUCAAGCUUAGAAGACACGUGAGACAUGGGAGGAAAGAUUUCCAACACAUAAAAAAAAUCAG